AUGGUUAGACCACGCCCCACACUUUCGCCAUUUAACAUCUUGGCCUGCAAUGAGUUCUUCUCUGUACACGCCAGCCUUGACCACUACUCGCAAUCAUUGAAUCGCUCAGCAUUGGUCAAUGAAACUAGUUUCCAUAACACGACACGUGAAGAUGCAGUGCAGUAUCUAAUGAACAUCCCACAAAAUGAAGAAAUUAUAUUACUGACACAGGGUAAAGAAGACAUUUACAGAAAAAUGAUUAAGUCUAAUUUGGGUGACUCCUUCUAUAUUCGUACACACUUUGAAUAUGAAGCAGAUACCCCAUCUGGCCUGAGUUUUACAAGGGGUGAGAUAUUCCAUGUUUUCGACACAAUGCACCGUGGAAAAUUGGGGAAUUGGCUUGCUACCCGUGUUGGAAAAGAUUUGAAGGAGAUGAAAAAAGGAAUUAUACCAAAUAAGUCAAGGGCAGAGCAGUAUGCUAGCUUAGAGAAUGUCCUCAAACCCCAGCCAUCUUCGGGACCAAGAGCUGAAUUUUGGAAGCUGCGAGGCUUGAGGGGGGCUAAAAAGAUAUUAAAGAAAAGUCGAGAGGAUCUAUCUGUAAUAACUAGCAAGGCUAAAUAUCCUCCUUAUGAGAAAGUGGCGCUCCGAGAAGUCAGUGCUUGCUUUCACAAAUAUGCAUGUACGUUGGUCAAUGAAACUAGUUUCCAUAACACGACACGUGAAGAUGCAGUGCAGUAUCUAAUGAACAUCCCACAAAAUGAAGAAAUUAUAUUACUGACACAGGGUAAAGAAGACAUUUACAGAAAAAUGAUUAAGUCUAAUUUGGGUGACUCCUUCUAUAUUCGUACACACUUUGAAUAUGAAGCAGAUACCCCAUCUGGCCUGAGUUUUACAAGGGGUGAGAUAUUCCAUGUUUUCGACACAAUGCACCGUGGAAAAUUGGGGAAUUGGCUUGCUACCCGUGUUGGAAAAGAUUUGAAGGAGAUGAAAAAAGGAAUUAUACCAAAUAAGUCAAGGGCAGAGCAGUAUGCUAGCUUAGAGAAUGUCCUCAAACCCCAGCCAUCUUCGGGACCAAGAGCUGAAUUUUGGAAGCUGCGAGGCUUGAGGGGGGCUAAAAAGAUAUUAAAGAAAAGUCGAGAGGAUCUAUCUGUAAUAACUAGCAAGGCUAAAUAUCCUCCUUAUGAGAAAGUGGCGCUCCGAGAAGCAAGUUUCAAACGACCAGUUGUGGUAUUAGGUCCUAUAUCGGACAUUGCACACAUGAAGCUUUGUUCUGAGUUGCCACAGGAAUUUGAGGGUGCAGAAACUGUUGCUCGUGAGGAUGGAACAUCCAAAAUCAUAAAACUUCAGUUGGUGAGAGAGAUUGCGGAGAGGAAUAAGCAUGCUUUAUUAGACAUCACACCUACAGCAGUGGAGCAUCUGAAUUAUGUGCAGUUUUACCCUAUUGUGGUGUUCUGCAACCCAGAGAACCGACAGGGAGUGAAGGCAAUGAGACAAUGGCUACUCCCCGAGUCAAAGAAGAGUUCACGUCGUUUGUAUGCACAGGCUGUCAAACUGCGAAAGAACUAUUCUCAUCUUUUUACUGCGGUUAUUAACUUGAGUGGAGCAAGUGAUUCUUGGCUUCGAAGCCUGAAAGAAACAAUUCGAACUGAACAAGGAAGAGUAAUAUGGACCACUGAGGAUAAGGCUGAACCUUCAGGAGAUGAACCAUUGGACCUUAUAAAUGAAUCAGCAGUUCAUUCUGCAGAUUACCUGAGCUGUGACAGUCGUGCCAACAGUGAUUAUGAGGAGACUGAUGCAGAAGGUGAAGCCUACACUGACCAUGAGCUGGAAGAAGAAUUCCAAGAGCCUGCACUAGCCCGGUCUUCUGAACCAGUAGCUGAAUAUCAGCCUUCCUUGUAUGAUCCUUCCUAUAACUACAGAAGCCACUCGCCUGUUGAAGAUGCUUCUUACAGUGGACCCCAGUCACCAGAUAGACUGUCUCCCCAUUUCAGAAGCAAUUCACGAUCUAAUCACACUUACAGCCCUACACAGGAAACCGAGAUGCAGCUUCCUGACAAUCAGCUGAUACAUGAGACCACCAACAGCAGGGAGUAUGAGCAUGAUGCUUUACGUAGAAAGUUCAAUCAUGCGAGAAAUACAAGCUCCGAGGAUGAAGAUUAUGGAUGGGGCGGUCCAGCUACUGAUCUGUAAACUACUGAAUGAUCACCUACAUACCACGGGAUUUCAGCAUAAACUGUACACCAGCUUUCUUUAUAUCUU